AUGGCGGCGGCGACGUCGUAUCUGACGCCGACGCAGAGGUACGCGGCGGGAGGGUUGUUCGGGCUGGCUCUGAACCAGGCCCAACUUCACCAGACCCACCCGUUGGGCCUAUCAACCGACGACUUCCCUUCUGAUUCCGAAAGUAGUUCCUCCAAUCUCACUGUUUCCGAAGAUCCCAACCUUUGGGUCCAUGAACAUCGCAUUUUGCUUCGUCCUGUUUUCAAGUACCUAGAAAUUGAUCCCGCCGCAUGGUCUGGACUCGAGGAAACUGCUGGCUCUUCUUCAGUUUCACGUCUCGUCGGACCCCCAGGACAUGACCAAGAUAUUCUCAAGCUUCCAUUUCUUGUGGGUUGGAUUAUUCUUUUCCGGUUCCUUUGCCUCAUUGAAGAAUUUGGUGAUGGUAAUUCCCAAAGGUUAGAUCAAGAACUUGCUUUGUCCAAAGCUGUUGAUGCUAUGGUACUUAGCCUGGAAAAGAAUUCAGAGACUCUUAGGUCUAGAAGGGAGAAACUACGGGAAUAUGAGCAUCAAUGUCGUGAAAAGUUGUUUACUUCUAAUGCUCAACCAAAUUCUGAGAAGGUAGAUAUGCAAUUAGAAACCCAAGAGGAGACCGGAACUCCUUUCCUUGAUUUUAAAGAACCACAUCAGGGAUCUAUUCAUAGCAAUACUGAUGGGAGUUCAACUGAAGAGGUAAUGAUGCUCAGCUAUCAAAGGAAAGUGGCAGUGCUUUAUGAACUUUUCUCUGCUUGUCUAUCGGAUUUAGGUGAAAAUAACAAGAAACAUAGCCAGAGGAGAAAGGGCUAUGAUGCUCGACAUCGUGUCACUCUGCGGCUGCUGGCAACUUGGCUCAAUAUCAAGUGGUCAAAAAUGGAGGCCAUUGAGACAACAGUUUCUAAUUCUGCGAUGGCUUUCAUUAAAGAGCAAGAGUCAAGUAAUGAAGAAAUUCAAUCAAAAGAAAACAAUUGGGAUAAAUGGAAGAGGGGCGGUAUCAUUGGUGCGGCUGCCUUAACUGGUGGAACUUUGAUGGCUGUUACUGGUGGAUUAGCUGCCCCAGCUAUUGCUGCAGGACUUGGUGCUUUGGCUCCAACUUUGGGUACUCUGAUCCCUGUUAUUGGAGCAAGUGGAUUUGCUGCCGCUGCUAGUGCUGCUGGAACUGUAGCUGGUUCUGUUGCUGUUGCUGCAUCAUUUGGAGCUGCUGGAGCUGGACUCUCUGGAACCAAAAUGGCUAGGAGAGUUGCGGGUGUUGAUGAGUUUGAAUUCAAAGUUAUAGGAGAAAACCAUAACCAAGGUCUGCUUGGGGUUGGGAUCAUGGUCUCUGGGUUUGUCUUUGAUGAUGACGAUUUUAUCAGGCCGUGGGAAGGACUGGAUGACAACUUGGAGAGGUAUGCUCUGCAGUGGGAGUCCAAGAAUCUAUAUGCCCUGAGCACUGCAAUUCAAGAUUGGCUUACUUCAAGAAUUGCAACGGAGCUGAUGAGGCAAGGGGCAAUGAUGACUGUCUUGCAUGGUCUUUUAACUGCAUUAGCUUGGCCAGUCGCAUUACUUGCCGCAACUGAAUUCAUAGAUAGCAUAUGGACAAUUGCCAUUGACAGCACAUAUGCAAUUCAAAGAUCUGACAAGGCAGGAAAGUUGCUUGCCGAAGUAUUAUUGGGAGGAUUGCAGGGAAAUAGGCCUGUUACACUUGUAGGUUACUCACUUGGGGCAAGGGUUAUUUUCAAGUGUCUAGAGUGUUUGGCUGAAACAGAAAACAGUGCUGAACUGGUAGAGCGAGUUGUUCUUCUUGGAGCACCCAUUGCAAUCAUGGGUGAGAACUGGAAAGCUGCUAGAAAGAUGGUAGCAGGAAGAUUUAUAAAUGCUUACUCAAGCAAUGACUGGAUGCUUGGAGUUGCUUUCCGUGCCAGAGCGACAGAAGAAACUGCCCCAGUUCCAGUUAUGAUGCACAAUGCCCUUGGUCUCUGCUGUGAAAAUGAGAAUAACUUUGCUACAAUGUCCUCCCCAACUCUAACAGUGAUUACGUUAGGUGGCGUCCUCUGGGCUGCUUCUAUGAUGGAGUGCCUGAUCCCCGAAUUAGAAGUGGCAGACAAGGGUGAGAAUCUCAGGGAAACAGUCCCACUCUCAGGACCAUACUUCCUUGGCCUCCCUCUUUUCUUUUUCACAGGCUCACCGGAAGAAGCCGUUCCACCUCCACCAUCAACCUCUACUGAAAAUGUAGAACCUGAAAAACAUUUAAAAAAAGCUUUGAACCCAGAGGGUGAUUGGAACCUAGACGAUGUUCCAUGUCCAGGACCAGACGCACAAACCCCUCCCCGUCUAUGCUGCAUUCUACUUUCUCAAGGAUUAGCUGGAAUCCAACCGGUCGACGUUCCUGGGAUCCAAAAUGUUGACGUGACAGAUCAAAUAGAGGGUCAUUCUUCAUAUUUGUGGGCUACACAACAGGUCCUAGAUGAACUUGAAUUAGAUGCUUAUUAUCCCGUUUUUAACAACACUUCCAAACAGUGA